UUGAACAGCCUAAAGAUCUUUUUGCCAUUAACAAUCACAGCAAUCUUGGUUAUCGUUCCGGUUAAUGUAUCUGGUGGAACUUUACUGGAUCUCAAGAAAGAAAUAGUUUUCAGUAACAUUGAUAAGCUCUCAAUUUCAAAUGUCAGACCCGGAUCUGUGAGGUUCUGGGUUCACCUGUUCAUGACGUACUUGUUCACCAUAUGGACUUGCUUUAUGCUAUAUAGGGAGUAUGAUAAUGUAGCUUUUAUGCGAUUGCAUUUCCUAGCAUCACAGCAUCGCCGUGUUGAGCAAUUCACUGUAGUUGUCAGAAAUGUUCCCCGCUCUGGUAAUUCUAUUUCAGAGACAGUGGUCCACUUCUUUCAGAAAAACCACCCAGAUCACUAUCUUGGUCAUCAGGCCGUUUACAAUGCCAACAAAUUUGCCAAGCUUGUGAAGAAGAAGGAAAGGCUGCAAAAUUGGCUGGAUUAUAAUUAGCUCAAAUUUGAGAGAAACCCUGACAAAAGACCAACCAAAAAGGUUGGCUUUCUUGGCCUCUGUGGUGAGAGAUUGGAUUCAAUUGGCUAUUACAAGCAAAGGAUCUCUGAGGUUGAAAAAAGAAUGGAAUGUGAACGGCAAAGGAUUCUCAGAGACUCUAAAGCUGUUUUGCCUGUUGCUUUUGUGACAUUUGACUCAAGAUGGGGAGCUGCUGUUUGUGCACAGACCCAACAAAGCAGGAAUCCUACACAUUGGUUAACUGAUUGGGCACCUGAACCACGUGAUAUCUAUUGGAAAAAUUUGGCUAUACCAUUUGUUUCCCUUAGCAUUCGGAGGUUUCUAAUGUCGAUUUCAUUGUUUGCUCUGGUGUUCUUUUACAUGAUACCGAUUACUUUUGUUCAAUCCCUUGCAAACCUUGAAGGCCUUGAAAAGGUUGCUCCUUUUCUCACACCAGUUAUAGAAUUAAAGUUGACCAAAUCCUUCUUACAAGGAUUUCUUCCUGGUUUAGCAUUAAAAAUCUUCCUAUACAUUCUUCCAACAUUUCUGAUGUUAAUGUCAAAAGUUGAAGGCUAUUUAUCACUAUCAGCACUUGAAAGAAGGGCAGCUGCAAAAUAUUACUAUUUUAUGCUAGUAAAUGUAUUCUUGGGGAGCAUUGUGGCUGGAACAGCUUUUGAGCAACUUUAUUAUUUCCUUCACCAGCCGCCUGCCAGGAUUCCAAGAACAAUUGGAGUAUCAAUACCAAUGAAAGCUACAUUCUUUAUGACAUAUAUAAUGGUUGAUGGUUGGGCUGGCGUUGCUGCUGACAUUCUUAGAUUGAAGCCACUUGUGAUAUAUCAUUUGAAAAGUAUGUUCAUUGUGAAAACGGAUCGGGAUAGACAAAAGGCGAUGGACCCUGGCAGCAUUGGUCUUGCUAAGAAUCUUCCUACUAUGCAGCUCUAUUUUCUUCUUGGACUUUUAUAUGCUGUGGUUACUCCAAUACUUCUUCCUUUUGUAUUGAUAUUCUUCAUCUUCGCUUUCCUUGUUUAUAGACAUCAGAUCAUUAAUGUUUACAACCAAGAUUAUGAAAGUGCUGGUGCAUUCUGGCCUCAUGUACACAGUCGCAUUAUUGCCAGCUUGUUGAUAUCCCAUUUACUACUACUUGGUCUUCUGAGUACAAAGAAAGCUGCAUAUUCUACUCCUUUGCUUCUAGUUCUACCUUUGUUCACUUUAUGGUUUCACAAAUACUGCAAAAGUCGAUUCGAAUCUGCUUUCCAAAAAUACCCACUCGAGGAAGCAAUGGAGAAGGACGCAAUGGAGAAAGCUUCCGAACCUGACCUUAAUCUCAAGGCCUAUUUAGCUGAUGCAUAUCUUCACCCCAUACUCCAAAUAACUGUUGGGGAUGGGGAAAUGGAGGAGGUAAGGGUAGACAAGAACCGAACCUGUGUGUGCUCACAGCAAUGAACUGAAACCAGUCUCCCAUUUUCACCUUAUGUAAUGCAACCAUGAUUGGGAGUCUUGAUUAUUUCUUCAUUGUUAGUUGUUAGAUUCACAGCUUGUUAUACAGUCUACCAGUUCUUACCAACACAGUAGAUUUUCUUAAAUGUCAUUGAAUAUGUUUGUUAACUUCAUUAAACUGAUUGAA